AUGUCAACUCGCGCCAAGAUGCCGUCGAUUUCGGAGGACGAGGCCGCCGCCGCGCAGCAGCAACAUCAUCACCUACUGGCUGGGCUAAGCCAGCUCUCCUGCUCGACGGGCAACAACGAGGGCUUCACCCUGAACCGCACGGACGAGGAGAAGUCGGAAACGCGCAAGAGCGAGGCCCCCUCCGACGAUUGCGUCUCGAUGCGCUCGCAGGCCGCACAAACGACCCGCGUUGAUGGCAUGAUGAAUCCAAGCACCACCACCAGCAACCCGCCGACGUACGGCCAGAAGUCGUUCCAAGUUGGCCAACCGACGUGGCGCAACCGUCCCGCCUCGGGAGCUGCUCAAAUUGGCAACAACUCACCGACGGUUCGCUCGCAGAGCAAGGUGCAGCCGCCGAUGCCGUUCAGCGACGUGUCGGCCGCCCAGCAGUACCCGAUGAUCACCACCGGGAUGAACGGCGUCAUCACGCUCAUCCUCGCCCCCAAGUGCUACCUGGAGAUGAGCGUCGACAAGUGUCUGCACAUCGUCGCCCCCGACAAGUUUGCCAUCACGCUGAACACGAAGGGCACCUCGAACGUCGUCCAGCAUCCGCGCGCCAAGAUCGUCCACUGUGACCAGAACAUUUGUGCCCGAUUCACGGCUGAAAACGACAAGAUGGCAGUGUUCGACACGUAUGGUGUGCUCUUCACGAUGGCCCAUCUCGCUCAAGGGUACCUCAUCAGCUCGUCGCAGAACGUGCAGCAAUAUAGGGCUCCGGUAAUUGUGCCGAUCGACGUGAAGCAGUUUGCGACGAUGAACGGGGAUCGCGACUGGGCCACCUGGUCGUUCUACACCGAGAGUCAGACUGGACCUACGCAAGUGGAGCUGUGUCGCGAAAUCGUCAACCAGGCCGUCAUCGAGAGCCGCUCGGCCGACGGGAGCUACGCCGUUCGCGUGCACGACAUUCGCAUCGACUGCUUCCCGGACGGCGAGAUCACUAUCAACGCCCGUCCCCGUCAAGUGUGCUGCAACUGGAAGACGGGUCUCGUCGCGCUGCGCACCCCGUCGAUCGACAUCGCCAUCGAGGAGGACGAGAAGGCGUACGUGAAGAAGGGGCUGAAGCGCGUGCACGUCUCGUGCAGCGGAAUGGUCGUCUCCGACGGCAACAUUGUGGCCAGCACCGAUCAGCGCGGCCGCAUCAUCUCGGCU